GAACGAGAGCUAGAAAGAUCAGCAGAACCAGUUUGUCGAGCUGAGGGGACCAAGACUGAACACGCAAGAACACUGGAAAUACAACGCGUCACCAUUACAGGAGAACACAGCAUCCUCCGUCUGGCAGCAAGAGUAAGGACUACAUCACCCCACCCCCCCAAGUGUGUCGAAACAUGGUUGUGUGUGAGGAGGACCGGGAGUGCGGGGUGUGCUACCAGGCUUACACUCGCUCGGAGCGGGUCCCUCGCCUGCUGCACUGCAGCCACGUCUUGUGCACCCUGUGCCUGGAGCGCAUGAGCCGGGCCCUCAGCUCCCUCCUGGCCGUACGCUGCCCCUUCUGCCGCUGGACCACCUGCGUGGGGCCCAACCUCAGCCUGCAAGAGGGGCUGUGGGUCCACACCGAGCUGUGGGACCAGAUCUCCGAACACGAGGACAAGAAUGAAGAGGAGAGAGAGGAGGAGGAGGAGAAGAGCCAGGGGCAGGCCGCCAGACAGGUCCAACUCACUCAACAGUCAAAAUGGUCUUCUCUCAAGAGCUACAAGCUGCAUCUAGAGGUUCCCCCCAUCCUGAAGAGACUCUCCAACAACUUGCAGAGAACUUUCCAGAUCAGCCACCAGACAUGUAGCACGUCAUGACACAAGAGUCUAGAGUUUUGAGGGGACUUCCAAGAAUAAUUAAAAACCAGGAGAGAAGACAGAGGAAGACGAUGAUCUACUGUAAAGUUUAAUGUUUUAAUUCUCAAAUAUAAAUUUCACCUUGUAUAUCAAGUUAAAAAUGUGACGUACGCAUUCACAAUAUUUAAAUCUUUAGGGACCUCAUGAAGGAUACAGAUUGUGUAAAAAACUGUCUUUCAGCAAUUGUACAGGAAAUCAGCUGUUUAAGUUAAGCUUCUAAAUUGCCUCGUUUUUUUUACAAGUUAUAAUGUGAACUAUAUUAUGAUUGAUAAUGCUUAUGAUUGAUAAAGGGUAAUGUUUUGGUGGUACAAGUUGUUAUAUCUUGUAGGUUGUGAUUGAGCAUAAGCUUAAGGACAGAUAUUGCCUGAAGCUAUCCAGUUCCGUUGUCAGUGACAUAGUUUUUUGAGAAACCAGUUACUUCGUACAUUUUUGAAAUUAUGACCCAGUUCCAAUGAAGAGUCCUGACCUAAUACUUCAAAUACUUUGUUAUAAGGUAAAAAAAAAAAAAAAAGUCAAACUUAUUUAUGGAUGUGCUGCUGCUGGCUGUAAACAGAAAGUAUAAAGAAGAACAGUUCUGCCUUGCCAAGUAAGCACAUUUAUUAACUGUUUCAGACCAUUACAUCACAGAAGCACGACUUGCAAAUAACCUGUAGAGUGAAACUUACAUGCGGCUGUCAUAUACACUUUUCUAAAACAAGCUCACUAUGUACACCCAAAUACAGCAAAAACAAGUCAACAUCAAAUAAAUAUAUUGUUGUCCUGUAGACAUUUUUUUGUGCA